GUCGUUAAGACGGAAUUAGAUUGUUUUUUGGGAUAAGGUUAAAAAUUAUGUCUACUGACUUACGUGCUAGAAGAAUAAAAAUACUAAAAAGAAAUUGAAUAACUUCAUUUAAUUCAUGUCCACUUUGAUUUUCAACAGUUCGUUUGUGACAAUGAUUAGUCAAACUACGUUAGAAAACCGAAACGCAGUUGUAUUAUUGCUCUUUAUUCCAGGAGGUGUGAUCCUUUUCAUUAUUCGAUAUUUAUUCCACAAUUACAUAUUCAAACCAAUAGGAACAUACCUAGGAAUAAAAGAAAGAAAGAAUAAACCACCACGAAUAUCCGAAAGCAAAUGUUGGAACGAUAAAUCCCUCAAUAAACUAUCCAAAUUGGACAAAUUUUGUGAAAGUUGUUGGCUGUAUUCUUUCUACUUAUUCAUAUGGAUUUUCGGAUUGAAAGUUUUAUGGUACAAACCGUGGUUCUGGAACAUAAACGAAUCAUGGAUAGAUCACGAUAAUCAAGUGAUAACUAUUGAUGUUUGGUGGUACGGAGGACUGUCAUUAAGUUUUUACGUGUCGUUGUUGAUAUUUGACAUAUACUACGUUCGCAAAAAACAUUUUAUAGAAAUGUUUAUACAUCACGUUUUGUGUUUUGUAUUAAUAUCAUCUAGUUGGAUUUUCAAUCUGUCUAGAAUCGGUACGUUGCUUUUAGUAACACACGAUAUAAACGACGUAUUUUUAGAAGGUGGGAAAAUUUCUAGCUACUUAAAACUUGAUUUACUCUCCGCCAUUUACAUGGGAAUGUUUUGUGUCGUGUGGGUGAUCACUAGAUUGGGUAUAUUCCCAUUUUGGAUUAUGAGGAAUUGUUUAAAAGAUCCUAGUGGAGUACUAACAGAGCAUAAAAUAUAUAUACUAUUCAACGGAUGCUUAUUAGUGUUGUUUGGACUUAAUAUCUUUUGGACUUUUCUUAUAAUGAAGUUCCUGUUGAAAACUUAUCGUUUAAAGAAGGUUAAUAAAUAUGAAAUUAUCAACGAUGAAAAUUCGAGUGGGAUGGAAGAUUUCAAACCAGAGUGAGCACAUGUUGUUCUAGAAAUAUUAACGUGAACUAAAUUUGGAAAGCGAUAUAUUAUGUAAAUAAAAGAUAUAAACUACACAAAACUAAUCCAAGUUAGUUAUGAUUUUUGUAUUUUAUAAAUAAUAAUAAUUUCUAUGGAAAUAAAUAUUUACAAAACUC